CCUGCAGCCCUCGUGAUGCCUGCCCCAGCUGGCAGGGGAUUUCUCAGCAGAAGCAGCCUGACAGGUUGUCAUUACCUCGGGCUGGGGCUCACCUUACUUCUCCCAGCUGAAGAAAAGGGGACAACACAGCUGGGGCUCCACCAUGAGCCUUGGAGCUUCAGCCCUGUUGACAGAGGUGCUCGGCGGGACCGGGAGCCGCCGGCUGAGGGCGGCCGGGGCGAGCGAGGCACGGCAGCCGGAGCGCCGGUAGAGCGAUGCAGACAGUCUGUCCGCUACCAGAUUCCUGGUGCCACCAAGCAAGACUUGCCCAUCACUGCACAGCAGACCCAACUCUACACUUGCAGAAUUAACGACCUCUACAGAAAUGUGAUCUUCUCUGACUGGGUGAAGGUGGAGGUUCAUCCACGCAUUGCCAGAGAACUGCUCCCUCAGCUCUGGCAAGGAGAACCAGUCAUCAUCCUCAACCCUACUGAGCAGAAGGUGGAAGUUGGGAAACCACUACAGCUGCAGUGUGCUGCCGUUGGGGUCCCAGCCCCCAGCUACCAGUGGUACCGAAACGGGAACCUGCUGGAACACCAGAAGAAAAAAAAACUCUGGGUAACAUUACCUCGGGAUGGUUCAGAAACUUUGGCUACUGAGAUCAGCCACACCAAAGUCAGCGACUCUGGCACGUAUCUCUGCUGUGCUUCCAACAGCCAUGGAGAGCACUGGACCAACGCAGUGGACAUUCACAUAGAUACCUGUCACUCUGGGAAGUUAUUUGCUACAGGCAAGCUAGCCCUUUUAGUGGGCAACAACCAUUACCAGCAUCAUCCAAACCUGAUGGCUCCCGUCACGGAUGUGUUUGAGCUGAGUCUUCUUCUGAAGCAGCUGGGCUUCCAAGUUGUCUCUCUCCUGGAUCUAAACAAGGCUGAGAUGGUGGCAGCAGUCAGUCGGUUCCUACAGCUCCUGGAGAAAGGAGUCUAUGCUAUAUUCUACUAUGCCGGGCACGGGUAUGAACACCUGGGGAGGAACUACAUGGUCCCUGUUGAUGCUCCACAACUGUAUGCCCCUGAGAACUGCAUCAGCGUGCAGAGGAUCCUUCAGAAGAUGCAGCAGCAGCAGACAGCCUUGAACCUGAUCCUGCUGGACACCUGCAGGAAAUGGUACAACCCAGAGUGUGCCCUCUCCCAGGUACAGCCGCUGGAGCCCUGGGGCAAUACUGUUUAUGGCUAUGCCACGAGCGAAGAUGCAGAAGCCUAUGAGUUGCAGGAUGGGCAGUUCAGCUCUGGGAUCUUCAUGAAAUAUUUGAAGAAACAUAUUUUGCAGGAGAAGAAAGUUACACACAUGCUGGAGGAUGUAUUAGAAGACCUUGGCCGGGAUCCCGUGGUCACUGGGAAGCAGGUGAUGGAGAUCAAGCACACUCUGAAGGAAGCCCGUUCCCUGACGGACCCCAUCUGCCCCACAGGAGCAGCCACAGAGCGCUGGGGAUGCGGCCACGAGCCUCCAAGCGAAACAGUGACGUUCCCCUGUGGGGUGCAGGCAGAGCUUCGCUUCCACCGGCUGUUCUCCAACGUGCUGUCUGUCUGCGCCAGGCUGCAGCACCUCCCGGCCCUCCUCACUGAUGCACAGCUCAUGCUCCGCCAGCCCACUGAAGUGGACGAUGUUGCCAGUCUGGAAGAGAGCCCCCCAGACCAAAUGGAUUCUCUGCUCACCUCUGUUUACAAGCACGAGGAGCUGGACUGUGUCUUCCAACUCUGUGGACUACAGAAGAUUCAGACGGAUGUGGUCCUGCAGUUGGAUUUGCAUUACACCCAGCUGAGCACAAAGCAGAGGACUUGUGAAAGCCUGCAGAAAAUCCUCCCAAAAUUGCUGCUGGGGCAGUUUUUCACCCAAAGGAACUACACCCGGCCCAGCUAUGACAGCGCUCCAGCCCUGGCAGACCCCAGUGGGGCCCUGAGGACAGGCACUGGCCGCAGCUUGCCCAGCAGCAGCCCCUCCAAGUCCAGCAGCGAGCCGGAGGAGAAUGAUGAGCGCAGCAUGAGCGAGCUCUGCUCAGCCCUGCUGCGGGCUGGCCCAGGGCAGGAGCACCCCUGACUCCAGGAGCUGUCCUGCACAGCCUUCAGAUGUUAAUGCAGCAGAACUGAGCUGCUUUCCAGGCUUAGCGAUCACCCUGUCAAGAUGAAAUUUCUGCAGACAUCACCAAAGCGUCGUUGUCACGUCUGGCAGAGGACCUGGCCUCUCGACAAGUCAUAGUGUUGGCAGAUGGCACCCACCAGUGCUUAUAGUCAAGGGCACAGGCUGAUACUUUCUAUACUUUCUGCAAAUCAGGGUUUGCUAAGCGAGUGCCUGAAAGCAGGAUUUGCGGCAUUAACUGUGUUGAGAAACCCACAAACACUACAGUCCUGCAGUGCAGCACAGGCACCGUCUCAAAACCCACCACUGCUGAUUGUUACCACUUCUGCAAGGGAUGCAAGGAGUGACCAAGGGACCCAGAUCAGACUGGAUCAGUGUGUAAGCUUUCCCCUGGGGUUGCACGAGAGUUUGCAAGUCCUACCUGUGUCAAAGCAGGUUUUAAAUUAUGUGUUUAUGUAUUUCUACUGAAUGUAUUUAUACUCGGGGCAAGAAAACUGCUUGCUCGUAAAAGCAAGCAUGCUCCUUCUAGUCUGUUACACAUGGGCAUAAGAUGCAGUUAGAUCCUGUGUGGUCUUGAGUUCCUCUGACACAGAAUCCCCUAUGUGUAGGGGAUGGAAAAGACCGGGGUGGAGAAGGAAAAACCUCAAAAAAAGUCAUUGUUAGUGCAACUAUUUUUUCCAGAGUGCCUGCCUCAAUGUGCAUUCACUGCAGGCAACUCCAAGCACUGCCUUCUGUAGAGAACCUGCCGUCCCGGGAGAGCUGUGGGUGAGGAGGGCCAGCCUGAGCAGCCGCAGUCCCCUUCCUGCCUGCCCCUCUGAUUGUUGUUGAGUAAUGGUUUUGGCAGAGCUCUGCAGGGGAGGGCAGUCCUACAGUGUAAAGGAGGCCAGUGACCCCUCUGAGGUGUGGGAUCUCCAUCCUACAUCUUGGAGGUCAAAGACUCCUUGAGAAGUCAAGGUGAUGGGGUGGGGAAAGUUCCUGAGCUCUAAAAGAGGGUUGGAGUGAAUAUUUUGUAAGUUUUGGUUCUCCUGCAGCAGUGUGUCUGUCCACAGUGGGAACUGUCUAUUGCAGCAUGGAAAAAUAUGAACUGCUCCUUCCAGAUAAACCAUCCUACAAAUGCUGGAAGCCAGUCCAAAGAGAACAGAGGAGGCUUUUAUUGUUGGUGUGAGUAGAGCCAGGAGAAAGAAGAGAGGCCCCAUCUGGCUGAAGUUGAGAAAGUCUCCUAGGAAAAAAUGUAAAGCUCAGAAAAAAAAAAAAAAAAAAGUACAGGAUGUAGUUUGAAUUAGAUGGACUGAUAGGGAAACCAAACCAGAAAAUAAUAAACUGAUUCAAGGGAGAACCAAAGAUUAAGUCAACACCAGCAGAAACUUAAGACAGGUCAGUAGGAAUUGUUUGCAGGCAUUUGGGAGGGAUUGUGCACACCCUUCUGUACCAGCGGGGCAAAACACGUCCCUGGCUCUUACAGCAAGUGAGGAGUCAUCUCCUGCAAUUAGUAAUCUAGUUCAUAACAAGACUGUAUUUUUUCUAAAUAAAACACUACUGGUGUUUUUGGUGCACAGUUUCUUGUGGCUCUAAGUUAAUAGUUUUUGUUUCUUCCCCUAAUUGCCGGAGUGAUUUAAUAUUAUUCUAAUGUUCAUUAUGCUUUGAACUCUAGCUUUUGGGCUUCUACGUCUGAGGAUUGUUUCUUUUAAGUGACCCUGUACUGAAGUGUGGAUUUAGAAGAUGGAUCAGAUGACGUUAAUUAGGCUGAAAUGAUGUCUGAUGAAAUGUAGAUAAAAUAAUGCCAGCAUUCAUUGUCAACUAUUCAUCUCCUCUGCAAAGGGUGGCCCUGGGGUGGCUGGGCCAGGCUUAGGAGGUCUCCUUCCUGUUCCCAACUGCCAAAUAGGACCUGUCCUCUCAGCAGCAUUUCUGCAUUUCCCAGGAGACCCAAACCCAGCCCUACCACCACAUUUCCAUGUACCUCAGUUGACCUUAUGUUUCUGCUGAGAUUGCAAUGCUGAAUUGCAAAAAGCCUGCUGCCCUGGCACCAGUUCUGCUAGAAGUCUGCCUCUGCAACCUGAAGAUCCUUCCAGUCUACCUCUUUCUGUCUACACUGGGAGCUGAAUUUUGUUGGUUUCUUCUUCAGGUCUGCCAGCACUUUGCUCUUGCCUCAAAGAAGUACUACAUCUGUUUGCCCAGAUACUAAGGCUUGAUGGUGACUCCUGCUUGGGCCUGGAUUCAUUGUAGGAGGGGAUAAAGGUGUUCAUGCCUUCAUUGCCCUACCUCACAUAGGAAAUCCUGUGGUGGGAUAAAUGUUAAGUGCAGGUAAUGUUCCCUUGAAUUGGUGUUUCUGUCACCCAGAACAGAAUGGACAACUUAUCCAAGAUCAUUGUGCUUUUCUUGGCUAUGCAUGUCUGGUCUUCAGCAAUGGACCUGGGCUCUCCCAGGAGGGGAGAGGAAGGAAGGAGCACCCAUCUCCAUGAAUGCACCCUCAUUUCAGACACUGCUCGUGGUAUGGCUGUGGCAGAGUAGUGCAGGAUACCUCCGAGCUUAGAAACCUGGAAAUUUGAUGUUAUCCCACUGCAUUUGUUCACGGAGUCAAAGCCUGCACAGAUCCAAUGGCUAGGCAGUGCAGGUAGGCGUGUGUUAUUUUAUGCUACUUCUAAGAAAAUCACCCCAAUAGAUUGAUCCUUCCAGAAGGACUCAAAACCCA